GAUGAUUAUUCAAAGAAAAAUUCCAUGAUUCCACAUUACUAUCACACCAGGAAUAGUUCAACUGACAAGCUGCGCAGCUGGACUGCAACCUUCAUAUAAACUAUUCUGGUAAGUACAAGCUGAUGAGAAUACUUUGUCCAUUAACACUAGAGAGAAGCUAGCUAGUGAAAUCACACAGAAUUCAGAUAUGCAGCAAAUGGCUAAGCCAGUUUGCAUAUUAUGUCUACAGUGUAGCCUCCUCUAUGGCGUUAAUCUUGCAGCCGUUGCUGCUGCCGGUGACGGCAACAGCGGCAACCAGUUUGCCUACUCCGGCUUUGCUGGAGUGAAGGACCUCACCCUCGACGGCACGGCCAUGGUCACGCCGGAUGGCCUACUCGAGCUGACCAAUGGCAAGCCACAGGUUAAAGGCCAUGCGUUCCAUCCGACGCCGCUGCGCUUCGGGGAGUCGUCGUCCCCAGAAGGCGGGGAGAAGAAGGCAGCAGUGCGGUCUUUCUCGGCGUCCUUUGUGUUCGGCAUCAUCACUGCCUCCCCCGGCGUCGGUAGCCAUGGCAUCGCCCUGGUCAUCACCCCAACCAAGGACCUCUCCUCCGGGCUCGCCAGUACAUACCUGGGAUUCCUCAACAGAUCAAGCAACGGUGACGACAGAAAUCACAUCUUCGCGGUUGAGCUUGACACCAUCGAGAACCCUGAAUUCUCCGACAUCAACGGCAACCAUGUCGGCAUCGACAUCAAUAGCCUUGUGUCUUCAAAUGCCUCUGAUGCCGGCUACUAUGAUGACAACACCGGUGAGUUCAAGAGUCUAACACUGAUUAGCGGGAAAGCCAUGCAAGUAUGGGUGGACUACAACGACGAUGCUACACAGAUCGACGUGAGGCUUGCUUCGGUAGGAAUCAAGAAGCCGUUCAAGCCAUUGGUCUCUACGAGAUUCAACCUCUCAGCAGUGAUCACCGAUGAAGCAUAUGUGGGCUUCUCAGCGUCGAUAGGCACAAUGACCUCGCAACACUACGUGCUCGGCUGGAGCUUCGGUGUUGGCACACAAGCUCCGGCCAUUGACAUGGAUAAGCUUCCCAGGUUACCUGGCACUGGCAGAAGAAGCAAGAAGUCUUAUCGGCCCAAGACCAUAGUGAUAGCUCUACCAAUAGUCUCAGUGGUGCUUGUAAUUGCUGUUGCUGCUGGUGUUUUUCUACUGAUCAAGAGGAAGUUUCAGAGAUAUGUCGAAUUGCGUGAAGAUUGGGAGCUUGAGUUUGGAGCACAUAGACUGUCAUACAAGGAUUUGCUUCAGGCAACAGAACGGUUCAAUAACAAGAACUUGCUUGGAAUUGGAGGGUUCGGGAGGGUGUACAAAGGAGUGCUCCCUACUUCUAGUUCGGAGGUUGCAGUGAAGAGGGUAUCACACGACUCAAGGCAAGGGAUAAAGGAGUUUGUUGCUGAGGUUGCAAGCAUUGGUCGCCUCCGGCACCGUAAUCUCGUACAACUGUUUGGUUACUGUCGGCUCAAAAAAGAACUUCUUUUGGUCUACGACUAUAUGCCAAAUGGUAGUCUCGACAAAUAUCUGUACAGCCAUGAUGACAAGCCUACUCUGAAUUGGGCUCAAAGGUUCCAGAUUAUAAAGGGUAUUGCAUCUGGCUUGCUUUAUCUUCAUGAGGAGUGGGAGCAAAUUGUUAUCCAUCGGGACAUCAAACCAAGUAAUGUGCUCCUUGACAACGACAUGAAUGGACGGCUAGGCGACUUUGGGCUCGCUAGGCUCUACAACCGUGACACUGAGCUGCAAACCACAGUUGUUGCAGGUACCUUUGGUUACAUGGCCCCUGAAUUAGCACUAACUGGCAAGGCAUCCCCUCUUACAGACGUGUUCGCCUUCGGCGCAUUUCUCCUUGAGGUCACCAGUGGGCGAAGGCCUGUUGAGCAAGACAUCGAAGGGCAUCCACUCCUGCUGACAGACUGGGUGUUUGAGCAUUGCAGCAAUGAACAGAUUCUUGCCGUUAUUGACCCAAGACUUAACGGCAACAUUAACAUUAGUGAAGCAAGUUUAGUAUUGAAGUUAGGGCUCUUGUGCUCGCACCCAAUGUCUAAUGUAAGGCCAACCAUGCGACAAGUUGUGCAGUACCUCAACGGAGACAUGCCCCUCCCAGAGAUGUCACCAAUGCACUUUACUUUCAGCCUGUCAGCACUCAUGCAGAACCAAGGGUUCGACUCGUCAUCGAAGAGUUUAGGCACGAUUAGUACUCUUUCAAUUGGGAGAUGACAAUGCAAGAUGACGCACUUUUGUUCAUAGAUAGAAUCUGUUUCUUUUCACCACAUUAGGUCAGAGUUUCUUGUAGUUAUUCUUAGCUGAAGUGCACUAUCUCCAGCCUUGAGUUGAGAGAUUUACUAAUGUGCCUAUGCAUGUUUCUUUCUUGUGACAAAGUUUAUCAAUUCCUUGUAUAUAAAUGCUGUAAGGCACCGAACCGCCUGGGCUCCCCUCCCAUAUUGAGAA